AUGGCCGCGGCGGGCGGCGGGGGCCCCGCGGGGCCGUGGGGGGCCGGGGCCGGCCGCGGCCUGCAGAGCGCCAUGAGGGCGGCGAGCGGAGCCCUGGAGAUGGACAGCGCCGGUCGGACACGGGAGGCCUACGUGGAGUACCUGAAGAGCAUCGCCCUCAUCGCGCAGGCCCUGCAGGAGGAGGCGGCGGGGGUCGACGGCAGCUGUGGGGUCACCCCCGACACCCCCAAGAUGCUGAAGCUGGCGGAGCAGUGCCUGGAGAGGGUCAAGGCCAUCGCGGCCGCGCUGGGGAAAGCCCAGCCCAGGCCGGCCGUGCAGGACCGGAGCGGGGCCCCCGCUGCCGUCCCCAGGCACCGCCGUGUGCUCUCGGAUGAGGGGGGGAAGCUGUCCCCGUUCCUGCCCCCGGAGAUGUUCCAGAAGCUGCAGAUCAGCGAGGCACAGAGCGCACGCAAGGAGCUGACGCCGCUGGAGGAGGCAUCUCUGCAGAACCAGAAGCUGAAGGCUGCCUACGAGGCACGAGUGGCGCGGCUGAACCCCAGCCAGGCCCUGCAGAAGACGUCCCUGACACUGUCCCUGCAGCGGCAGAUGAUGGAGAACCUGGUGAUCGCCAAGGCUCGGGAGGAGACUCUGCAGCGGAAGAUGGAGGAGCGGCGGCUGCGGCUGCAGGAGGCUGCCAACAGGAGGUUCUCCAGCAGCGUGGCCCUCACCCCUGAGGAGCAGGAGCAGAGAGCUCUCUAUGCUGCCAUCCUCGAGUAUGAGCAGGACCAUGACUGGCCAAGGCAGUGGAAGGCCAAGCUGAAGCAGAGCCCAGCGGAUCUGUCCCUGGUGUCAGGGCUCUUCUCCUGCCUCCUCAGCUUCCCGGAGCACCCCAUUGCUCAGCUCCUGCGGCAGCUGCAGUGUAUGGUGUACACCCGCCUGUACCUGGCCAUCAGCCGCGGCGCUGCCGACUCUGCCAUGGGAUCCCCUGCCAGCCUCGGCUCUAUCCCACUGGAUGCAGGGGGUUCGGUGCCCACCGAGCCUGGGAUCCGCCGGCUCCGCACCUCCCGCAGCCUGCACUGCAUGUUCUCAGUGCCAGAGCAUGGCACGGCCGGGCUGCGGCACAGCAGCUCCAGCACCCCCCUCGCUGCUGCCGGCACCCCAAAGGCAGAGGGAGGCUGGACAGGGCCAGCCCCACAGACCCCACGGGAGAGCUCCUUUGAGGACCUGGAGCGGUUCCUGGCAUCACCCGAGGGCUGGGCCCCCACAGAGCCUAUGGAUGGACCUGGAGCAGAGGCAACGUUACCGGAGCAGCUGAAGGGCAUCGUGCGGGACAUCCACAAUGCCAUUGACAGGCUGCUGUCUCUGACCCUGCUGGCCUUCGAGGGGCUGAACACAGCCGCUGGCAAGGACCAGUGCCUGGCCUGCCUGGAGGAAGCCUUCUUCCCACCGCUGUGGGCCCCAUUGCUGGCUCUGUACAGGAGCGUGCACCAGACCCACGAGGCAGCCCUGGCCCGCAGCAUGGAGCGGCACCGGCAUGCUGGCCCCACUGAUAUGGGGCUGGCAUCCCGGCUCUUGCCCACGGCACCCAGCUGCCCUGCAUACGGCUCUGCCAUAGAGGACCUGCGCCUCAUCCCGCUGGAGACCUGUCCCCGCAGGAAGCUGGAGUGCAUUGUGCGAGCCCUGCGUGGCAUCUGUGAGUGUGCUGAGGAGUACUGUGGUGCUCGGGAUCGCCGGACCCCUGUCACCGCUGCCAUUGGGGCAGAUGACCUGCUGCCUAUCCUGUCCUACGUGGUGCUGCAGACGGGUCUGCCCCAGCUGCUGUCUGAGUGUGCUGCCCUGGAGGAGUUCAUCCAUGAGGGGUGCCUGAUUGGGGAGGAGGGAUACUGCCUGACGUCCCUGCAGAGCGCCCUGUCCUACGUGGAGUCCCUGCAGUGAGGAGGCAGCCGCGGGGACCCCUCCCCGCCAUCCACCGCCAGGUGCUGCCGGUCCCCAUCCCUGCGGGUCCGGUGUGGGGCCGGGGGGGUCCCGUCGGUGGGGAUGAACCGAACCAAACCGAACCGAACGGAGCCCCCCCCGGUGGGCACGGGGAGGGCCGGGGCUGGCUCGGGGGUUGCUCCUCCCUUCCUGCAGGGGGCGCUGUGGUCCCGGCGCGCGUUCCCGCGGUUCCGCCCCCUGGGUGACGUCAUCGGGGCGGUGGGCGUGGCGCGGGAAGCGGAAGGGAAGCGCGGGUACCGGGCGCGGGUAGCGGGUGCGGAGCGCGGUGC